AUUAUUAAGGCCUUUUGACAAAAAAAUGACCCAUCACGUCAUUGACCCAUAUACAAGUUAAUUACCAGAUAAUAUUUUACAUAUACUGUAGAUUGCUUUUCACAGUAUUGGGUCUUAAUACAAGAAAAUAUGUUGCCGUCUUUAAAAUUUAGGGGGUUCCUUGCAAUGUUUAAAUGUUUAUAUUUGGAGAUUCAUAGCAUAAAAAGGUUUGAAAACCCCUGGUAUAUGGAAUCUUUAUUAUUAAGAGUAUAGUUCAAGAAAAAUCAUUUGAUGUUGAGGAUUUUCAAUCCAUUUCCAGGGUUUUAAUCUACAUAAAAACCUGAGUCACUAUUCAAACUUUUCUCUCUCAUUUUCCAUUUCUCUUUAUUUAAAAAAAAUCAUAGUCACAGUGCCAAAUGUACAUUAAAAAAUGAUUUUUGAUGCUGUUCACUUUAUUUAAACAAUUUAUUUUGAUUCAACACCAUUGUACCAGGUUUCUGGUUUAAAUGUGAUUGCUUCAUGUUAAAUUGACUUGAAACAAUUACUCUUUGACUUAACUUGAUCUUUUCAAUCAAGUAACGCAACCAGGAGUUAAUCAAACGGGACUUUUACUUCCUAUCAUGCUUUGCAAAGGGGCUGAACUGGGAGAGUAAAUGUUGAAAUGAAGCGUUAUUUUAAGCAUUUUUUACAACAUGUGAAAAUGGAGAGACUUUUUAAUGUUUACUGUUCUAUUAUGUUGGUAUUUAAAAGUUUCUGUUAUGAUAAUAGUUUUGGGGUUACCAUUGUGGUGAAGUGUUGAGCUUGUGCUUGGGUUGAAGACCUGCUAACAAGCAUUCAUAUCACUUUAAUAAUAAAGUAAUCACUAUGGUAGUGCUCUGGGUAGCAUUUCCCCAAAGCAUCGCAAGACUAAGUUGAUUGUUGCUCUGUUGGUGGCAAUGGUUCUAUGAUCGAUUUAGUCUUAUAAUGCUAUUGGGAAACGCAGCCCUGGAUGAAACCAGUAUCACUUCUAGACCGCCAACACAGAACAUCUCAUCAUGAAUUUUAUGUAAAUUACAGGACUAAACAAGAAGCAUUCAUUGUAGAAUUAUUUGAAUAAUUCAAUUUAAUCUAAAACAAAUCUAAUUAAAACAACAAGAUAGAUAUUUGAUUAGACUAACACAAUACAAACAUUUUGAUUCAGUUAGUUGCAAAUAAGUUACAUUGACAUAUUAAAAUCAUGUUUAAUCAGAAUCUACAAAUGUAUAUUGUGUUCAUAUAAAAUAUUCAAAACAGUCCAAGUUUACUUGAUUUGAUUAGAUGCAUAAUGGGUGAUAUACGUUUAAAUCACAUUCAUUCAACAAAUUAUAAAGAUAAAGCAAAAAUACCAAUUAAUUUGUACCUCUCAAUAAAGACAUGAGGGAACAUUUAAUCUAAAAGCUUUUGUGCUUGCACAAGAACACUGUGAGAUCAGGUCAUAUUUCAUGGAGACACAAUAUGGUUUAGCCUUUAUAGUUUCUUGAACAGUACUCAUCCUCGGUGACAACCUAUAGAGAUUUCCAAUUGAAUGCACUGACUUUGAAUGAGAGAAGCAAACCCUCUUUAAUGUAUUCUCAAUUCAGCACUCUCUUAGUAACACAAAUGCUUCAGGUUCUUUAUGCGCAAAAAAAAGCUUUGUAGAUGGAAACAUAAAAGUUUUAGGCAGAGCAGCAGUGAGGCCACGUCCUUGCUACACUCUUCUUUCUACUCUCUCUGUAAAUUUUUAAUAAAGGCAGAUUUUUACUACACAUCUUGUCUUCUCUAAGAACUGAGAUAGCCUACAGUUUUGAAGUGCAGCUGAAUGUUCUUCUUAUAUCCACAAACUAUCCAUUAGGAAUUCAAGAAUCAAUCCCCAGAAUAAAAGCUCCUAAUGUCUUGAAUGACCAGUGAAGGUCAAACCAUAUAAGUUGUUCAAUAGUUUUUUUUGUUUGUUUGUUUUUUUUUUUAAGAUAUUAAUACUAUAUAUUUCAAAUGCAGCAUUGGUGAGCAUAUGAGAUAAAUUACUGACCCCAAACUUUUGAACAGUAAUAUAAUAUAAUUGUUGUAUAAUUACAACUAUUUCUGCAUUGUCUAUACGUAGAUAUGUCUAGUCAGUAAACAAGAGAAUAUGAUUGAUUAUAUGAUAAAUCAUAAACGAAAGGAAUAUUAUAUUUUUUCUUCUUUUUUUUUAUUUUGUUACACCAAUAAUACACACACACACAUGCACUCUAUGAUACAGAAAAAUAUAAAUAUAAAAAUACUCUCAUUACAGAAUUUAACAGACAAUGAUUAUGUCAAUAUUUUUAGCCACUGGGAUACAAGACUUACACAUUAAAUAUAAAUGGAAUAUAUAAGUUAAAUAUUAAAUGUGUAAAAAGGAUGUGUGACUUAAUUGCCAACAUUUAUGCUGUUUUAUCCACUGACAAGAGUCAGCUCCGAUAUACAGAUAGAUAUAUAUCUACCUGAAACAGAAAUGCACUAUUGACCAUGAUAUUAUAUUAAUAGAGUAAGAAAAGGAGAGAUUAACACAUUUUGUGAUAUUGAUAGAGUGCAUGGGCCCAAGAAAUGGGAUUUUGCUUACCAUUACUCAACAAAAAAAUGCCUCAUCAGAUGAUCAAUAGCUACUGGAAAACAUUCAGAUCCCACAACAAGGCUGUAACAUCAAGGAAAACCUUCACAAGAACAUGAGAGGAGAAUGCAGAUACUCCAUCAAACUAAAUAAUAGAAACUUUGAACACUGGGGAACGUAGUCUAUAACAAAAAGCCUCUAGCAAAUUCAGGGUCAAUAAAUGGAGAGGUGAGGUGGAAGGGAGGAGGAGCUCUCCUUUUCCCUAUCCGAUGUAAGAAUGACAAGAGAAGGGAGGAACAAGGAGAGGGGAGUGGACAAAAGCUGGCUUAGGGACAAAAAUCUCCAAAACCUGAACAGUAGCUGAGAGGAAGAUCUAGACAUAAUGUGAAGCAGCACUUUGGUUCCCUGAGCACCCGGGGUUACUACUGCUUCAUUAAGCCCCCUUUCCCACACAACCAUUCGCCCACAUGUGAACAUCCAAGAGUAGCAGAGAGGGACUUAGAAGUAGCUACAUCUAUUUUUCUACUGUUUGUCUCCAUUCUAGAUGCUAAAAGGACAAAACAGUUGGGAUCUGGGCUCACAGAAUGAGUGCUAUCGCCACUGAGGACCAGGACAUGUUCUGUGAGAAGGCAGUGGCCCUUAUCGUUGACCUCUGCCUGGAUGACAGCCCUCUGCUAGACUCGGAAACCUGUCAGGAUUUCCUUGUGCUUCUGACCAACGGAAACCCCAACAUCUCCAGCGCAGACAUUUCCUUCAGUCUCCUGCUGCUUGUAUUUGCGGUGUGUGGUUUGGCCCUGCUGGGUGUCAUCAGCGUCGCCACCUGGAAGCUGUGCUGGGUGCCCUGGCGCAGCAAAGUGCUUUCCUCUAGCGCCACCGCCCUUGCCCCCACCCGGCCAGAGAGAGACCAACACAGAGAAGAAGGUCACAGUGACUACUACCCAGCCCUAGGAGACAUUAUGGCAGCAGACAAGCUGAAAGAUCCUGGGAACUUUCUGGAGGCGGCAGUGAAGAUUAGUCAUACGUCGCCAGAUAUCCCUGCAGACGUGCAGCUGUCCAUGAAGGAUCAUCUACUGAGACGUACGCGUAUUUCACGGCAAACAACCGAGCCAGCCUCCUCUAACAGGCAUAGUUCCUUCAAGAAGCACCUUCCCAGGCAGAUGCACCAUGUCACCAGUCUGGACCGCGGAAGUGAAUUUUUAGACAUGGAGGACCAUCCCACCUGCACCGCUGCCUCUCUUGGACGCAUCCAACCGGAACUCUACAAACAGAGCACGAUGGAGGCAGAGGAGUCAUCUAAGAACGACACUGCCAAAACAUGCGGCAAGAUCAACUUCUCCCUCAAGUAUGAUUAUGAGGGAGAGCUCCUCCUCGUCACCAUCCUCAAGGCAUUCGACCUACCCGCCAAGGAUUUGUGCGGCAGCUCUGAUCCUUACGUCAAGAUCUACCUGCUCCCCGACCGCAAGCGUAAAUUCCAAACUCGCGUGCACCGCAAGACGCUCAACCCCACGUUUGACGAGACCUUUCAGUUUCCAGUCCCAUACAAGGAGCUGGGGUCCAGAAAGCUUCACUUAAGCGUGUUUGACUUUGACCGCUUCUCACGGCACGAUAUGAUUGGUGAGGUGAUACUGGAAAACAUUUUUGAAGUUUCAGACCUCUCGCGGGAGACAUCCAUCUGGAAGGACAUCCAGUACGCCACUAGCGAGAGUGUGGAUCUGGGAGAGGUAAUGUUCUCUCUCUGCUACUUGCCAACUGCAGGGAGACUCACACUUACUGUCAUCAAAUGUAGGAACCUCAAAGCCAUGGAUAUUACCGGUUAUUCAGAUCCAUAUGUGAAGGUGUCACUGAUUUGUGAUGGGAGACGCUUGAAAAAGAAGAAAACUUCCAUAAAAAAGAACACGUUGAAUCCAACGUAUAAUGAGGCGAUUAUCUUUGACAUUCCACCAGAGAAUAUGGAUCAAGUCAGCUUACACAUAUCAGUUAUGGACUACGAUCUAGUGGGCCAUAAUGAGAUCAUUGGAGUCUGCCGUGUAGGGAUCCAUGCUGAGGGACUUGGGAGAGAUCACUGGAAUGAGAUGCUCGCUUACCCUCGAAAACCCAUUGCUCAUUGGCACUCGCUUGUAGAGCCCAAGAAGUCUGAGAAGGAGUGGAAGACUCGCACCGCAAGCUUUGACAGUCAAGGGUCUUGUCCAUCUCCCAGACUCCCCUCCAGUCCAUAAGGGAAGGAUGGCCUUCCCCUAAGUCUUUAAGCCAAGUAUCUCCCAGGGACUGAUGGUGAGAUCCAAGAUAUGUCCUUAGGCAACAUGCGACACAACUUAUGUCUGUGUGGACAUGCAGCAGGAAGAAAGAGGGUGCUGUUCAAAACUUUUCAAAGUGCAACUGAGCCUAGCCAAGUUUUAGCUUUUUCUGUUUCGAUGGAAGUGUUGCUCUCUUAUGUGGGAUAAAUCCACAAGCCACAGCCGAAAGGGGUUGAAAGAUAAACUUCAAGAUGGUUUAAGCUCCCCUGAAGAGUAAAAGGGUGUAUUUGUUCAUUUAUAUUGUAUAAUUAGUAGAUGUACAUUAUAUUUUAAUUGACAUUAUAAUAGUAUGAAGAUAUAGUUUAUUAUAUAUUUAGCCAUAAUCCUUGUAGUUCUUUUUUGUCGUCUUUGAAUGUAAAAUAUAUUUAAAAGAUUUUUAUGACUGGAGUUCUCAGUAUGUUCAACCUAUUGAAAUAUAUUAGCCGAACUAUAUUGUUUACAGAGCAGAGAUAUUCCAUUGAUCUUCCUUUUGUUUGUGAAGUAGUGAAACUGUUCUGCCACCAAAAAUGCCAAUGCCAAGAAUUAUUUUUAUCCUGUCUACAAAUAUCUCUUCCUGUGUAAACUGUAAAGGUUUAGCUUUGUUCUUAUUUAAACAUUUAAGUUGCUCAUUGUUCAGUGAGUAUUUUAAAUAAUUUACCAUCAUUUUCUUAGAUCAAGUUCAGCUCAGUUAAAUGCAGCCAUGCACAGCUUUAUCCUGGAUCAUUCAUAAUGUACAACUGGCUAAAGUCAUCAUAAUUUCAUCAUGCAGUAAUUGUAGCUUCCAAAGUAUAACCAUAAUGAAUAGCAAGGGUUGUGUGUCAUUAUCCAAAGGACGCAAAAAUCACUGGCUUUCUAACAAGACUUGAAAUUAUACCAUUAUGUAAAUUAGAAGCACUGUUUUACAAAGACCAGUUUUGUAUUUUACAUAAAAUGUGACAAAUGUUCAUUGUUCUGUAUUUUUCCUGUUACCUUUGAGGUGUUUUCUUUCCAGAUAACAUGAUGUAUUUUGUUGGCUGGCCUGGCUGGAACUCACUGUAUCAAUAAUCAUUGGAACUGGUGUUUCUGUAUGAAAUGCCUUAUUCAGAGCCACUUUUCCCCUUUUAUAUUGAGAAUUUGUAUUUGUAAUGUAGGCUAUAUUUACUGUUUCAGAACAUCCCCUUGUACUUCAAAGGUGUGAUUAAAGUUCUUGCUUCUAUCUGUUA